GUUUCGAAAGUAGUUGCCAAUCGUUCUUCUCACGACAAUGUUCAUCUGAAUUCAUCGUUCAAAAUGAACCAGAAAAGCUGCGUAGUCAUUAUCCUACUUAUAACAUUCAGCUUUGUAAGCUUUACAUAUGCGUCGGAUAAAAAGUGGUGGGAACAUGCCACCAUUUACCAAAUAUAUCCGCGAUCAUUUCAAGACAGCAAUGGCGAUGGAAUCGGUGAUCUAAUCGGAAUAACGUCACGAUUGAAUCAUUUGGCAGAUAUCGGUGUCAAUACAAUAUGGAUGAGUCCAAUGUUUCAGUCGCCGUUAAAAGAUUUUGGCUAUGAUGUGUCGGACUUUUAUAACGUCCAUGAUGAGUACGGCACUAUGGCUGAUUUUGACAAUUUCUUACAAACUGCCACGAGUCUUGGAAUACAUGUAUUAUUAGAUUUCGUGCCGAAUCACUCAAGCGACCAAUGUGAAUGGUUUGUUCAGUCUCUGCUAAGAAAUCCGGAUUAUGAUGAAUUCUAUACGUGGCACAAUGGAUAUGAAAUUGACGGAGUUAAAGUCCCGCCGAAUAAUUGGAAAUCAGUAUUCGGUGGUUCGGCUUGGACAUAUCGCAUAGAACGUGAUCAGUGGUAUCUUCAUCAAUUCUUCCCAGAACAGCCUGAUCUGAACUAUCGUAAUCCUGCAGUGGUUCUUGAAAUGACCAACGUACUGAAGUUUUGGAUGCAAAAAGGAGUGUCUGGCUUUCGAGUUGACGCUAUAAACCACAUGUUUGAGGAUCCAAAUUUUCCCGAUGAGCCAAGAAACGAUUGGAAUAACGAUCCAAAUUCAUACGAUUAUGUGGACCAUAUUUAUACAAAAGAUCUGCCUGAAACCUACGAAUUCAUCUACGAUUGGCGCAAAAUGCUUGAUGAUUACACAACCGAAAAUAGUUUACCCGACAAAAUUUUGAUGACUGAAGCUUAUGCCAAUGCUGAAAAUACCAUGAGGUAUUAUGUAUCGGAAAAUGGCACACUGGGAGCCAAUAUGCCGUUUAACUUUCAGCUUAUUUACUUAGAAAGUGGUUUCGACGCCAGAAAUAUUAAGGGAAAUAUCGAUUUUUGGCUGGACAACAUGCCAAUGGGUCACACACCGAAUUGGGUGGUUGGUUCUCAUGAUCACAGACGGGUUGCAUCGAAAUUAGGAAGCGCUUUCGUUGGCAUAUUGAACACAGUGAAUCUUAUGUUGCCUGGAGUCAGUUUUACGUACUAUGGUGAAGAAAUUGGUAUGCAAGAUAACUAUGACUUUCCGAUAAGUGACAGCCGAGAUCCUAACAGAACUCCGAUGCAAUGGGAUGGUAGCGUUUCAGCAGGUUUUUCAACGAAUUCAACGACAUGGUUGCCUGUUAACGACAAUUUUGCUAUAAUAAACUUGGAACGACUUAAAACAUUAAGUCGAAGCAGCUAUCACCAUUACAAAGAGUUGACCAGUCUUAGGAAAGAGGAGACAAUUAUUGAUGGAGACAUCCGAAUGAAGGUCUUAUCGCGCACGUUAUUCGCUUUUACCAGAGAAUUACCAGGUCAUCCCACCUAUCUUGUUAUUGUAAAUCUGGAUGGAUCUGCCGUUUCAGUUAAUUUGAGCAACAUUUUCUUGAAUAUACCAAAUCCAUUAACAGUUGCUGCAUCUGCAGAACUAUCGAAAUACCGAUUAGGAAACGAAGUUCAAAAUACAAAUAUUCAAUUGGAUGGUUUUGAUGCUCUUGUUUUCCGUGCAGCUUCUUCAGCUUCAGUUCAGACCAUUUCUUUGAUAGUCAGUUUAACAGUCGCUAUUAAAAUGUUAAUUUUUUAACUUAACGUUAAUGUACCGAAGACCACGGUAAGGAUCAAUUAGUGGGCUCCUGUUAUCAGGUAUAACCAAUUAAUGAGAUAAUAAAGUAUUUGUGUUUUCAAACA